CUUAAUAUAACUAUCAAAUUAUUGCAUACAGUAACAUUAUUAAUCAAAACCCAAUAUUGGUUAUUACGUGCAAUGUCUAUUGCAGAGGUUGCUGUAUCGCUCUUAAAGACACUGAAAGAGAAUGUAUACAAAAAACAUUCUGUUGAUGAUCGUACUAGCAUCGAACCUAGCCUUAACUACAGCUAGUUUAAGCUCCAAGAUGGUUGUCGAAGAGUACGAAACAGUUGUUCUAAAACACACAAUCGACCUGACUUCUAGUUCAGAAUACUCGUUGGUGUUUAAGAAAGAUGGACAGAUCUUGAUUGAAUAUGUCAUACCGACUCUGGACAGUGUUAAUGUACAUGGAUACAAAUGGCUGCAUCCAAUGCUGGAUAAAGUCAACAACAGCCUUGUGUUAACUGCAACGUUAACAAAUGUGACAAGUUUGGCGCAGGGUGUGUGGGUCCUAGAGUCUCACAUGAAUCCUUGGAGUGAAAAGCGUGAAUACUUCAGCCUGUCCUUACAAGUUUACGAAAAGCCAAAAGGUCUGAAAUGCUAUUCAGACUGGUCUGAGCAAUGUAUGACAAUGAACUGUAGCUUUCAGACAGCAAUGUCUCCUGACAAAAUAUUUCAGGUAACCUUGACCUUGGGAAACAGGCGUGAAUCACACAGGGGUCUGCAGUCCGACCCCAUCACGUGACCAGGACUUGUACACAACGGUAUGUCUGGCACAGUUCCCCACCGUAGACCUCCCGCACGGCAACCACACGCUGAACGUCUACGUCCUGCCCAGUGGGAGCUCAGAGACUGAACUAGUACACAACACCCGUAUCCAGAUCCCUCUUGUUAUAGAAGUUCCGGCGGUUAAAGUAACGGACUGUUCUGAAAUCUCAGCACCUGAUGAGUCGGUGAUCAACUGCACGUGCGAGAGGCUGGACGCCAGCAACAUCACCACGGAGAUCACGUGGCACAUCAACAACGUGACUGCGAACAGCCAAUCAGCGCUGAUCAUCCAGAAUCAAGAUGGCCGAUCAUCAACCAUAUCGAUGACUACAAAUGGCGAAUCGACAGAAAUUUCUUGCCUAGCAACGAAUGCUUUCAGUUGGCAGAGUAAAGUAGCCUCGGCCACACCCGAACGAAAAGUUAAGAUAACACAAAGAAAAGAGGAGCCAGAUACAAAUAUUAUAUCAAUUAUAAUUCUAAUCGUCAUUGCUGCGAUGAUUAUAAUAAGCCUACUCGUAUGCUGGAAGACUGGUUUGAAUAAAAAACUACUCUGCAGUUCACAGACACGUGUUGAAGGACCUGGAUGUCAAGAAAGUAUAGCGUUACGAAGCAAAGAACUGGAUAAGUUAUGCGUGCUUACCCUAGGCAGACUGGGGUCUGGAAAAAGCGCUACCUGUAACCUAAUUCUUGGUCGCCCUCGAUUUAAAGAAAGUGCCAACACCACUCCCAAGACGACCAAAUUCAAAAGUGCCACUACACAAGUGCAGGGCAGAGAACUCACUUUAUUCGAUAACCCGGGCUUAUCAUUCAAAGAUAGUUACGGAAAAAAAUUAUUGGAGUUUAUGCACGAAGCACUUUACGCACUUUCUUUACUUUUACAUCGAGAAAACCCCAAUGGUUUCAACGCGUUGAUCUACGUUUUUAAAUACGCCUCUAAAUUUAACCCAGAUGAUAAGACCUUGCUAGCCUUUCAAGAGACAAUGGAGACUGAUUUCCUGAGAAAAUAUGGCAUUGUUGUGGUGACCAACAUACACAAAUUAGAUACAGAUGAGUAUAAGAGUGUUAAAGAGUGGUGCGAUGGUCAGACUGGUGGGUUUAAGGAGUUAGUGGAAGCGUGCCAGAAUAGGGUUGUGUUUGUCAACAAUAAAGAAAAGGACGCAGAUGAACGUGAAAGAAUGAGGAACAAGAUAAUUGAAAUGAUUAUUGAAAUAAGCAAGUCCCAUGCCCCUUUUAACAGAGAUGCAACACAGAGCACUAUAUCCAUGCAUGUUAGAAACAUGUUCAGACAUAUCUACAAAUAUUUUUCCCGAUAAACUUUUAUCUACUUUAAAAUAGUUUAGCUGUCUCUAUUCUGCUUUUAUUUUUUACCAUAUAUUAUAUAUCCUCACUACCAACCACACACACACACACACCACCAGCAUCAACAACACACCCGCACUACACACACCCCUACUAUCAACCACACCCACCCACCAUCAACGAUAGACCGAAAUGCUUACUCUUACACCAGCAUCCCCCACCGUAUUUUGUCUCUCAAAGAUGAGAAGCUAUAUGGGCUGUUAUUGGUUUCUCUAACAAGUUAACCAAGCCUUGACUCUCAUUGGCUGAACUUUGCUGGUGUGGUCCUUGC